UAGUUAAAAAAAAUUAUAAUAAAAAUAGUUGACAUUGUUUUAGGAUAUGAAUUUUCGUAAAAUGAAGUUUUAUGAGUAAAAGUCAUUAUUUCAUGUAAAUACUUUUCAAACUAGUUUAUUUUGGUUGAUGUUAUUUAUUUCAAAUUAACAUUCAAAUUACGAUAUCACUAAGUCGAUAUUGACUUUGUAGCAUUAGAAAGUGAAAUAUCAAAGUUAGAGAAAGGUAGAAAUUUAGUUACAUAGUAAUUUUUGUCAUCCAAGUAGUUCAACUAUCAACGGUAAUGAAGUACUCGAAUAAGAUUAAUUCUUUCACUUUUAAUAAGAAAUUUCAAAUUGAAGCCUCAAAAAUAAAAUACAACAUAAUAAAACACAUUAUUUUUUAAAAUUACCUUUAUACAAAAUAAAUUUAAAUUAAUCAAAAAUUCAAAACAAAUAUUAAAUAUUGAAUAAAAAGAUAUGUUCAUAGAAAGUAGACAUAGACACAGUCUCAACGAGUAACCGGCCAAUGAGAACAAAGUAUAGAUAAAUAUAUGCCAUUGGCGGCCAAAGAUUCGUUGAGGAAGAUUUGGAUUACAAAGGACUAGCAAUUUUGUAUAUUAUUUUAAGCGGGAUAGAAUAUAAAAUAAAAGUAUAUUAAUAUAAAGUAAAGGUAUAUUACAUAAUUAUUAAGUAAUGUUUAUGUGAAAUUAGGUCUUAGGCCUAACUCACACCCCAAAAGCUAGCUCAAAGGGAGGAGGAUUGCCCAAGCCUUUAUAAAGGGUUCACCCACCUCAUUAACCAUCGACGUGGGACUUUUGUCAUUCUUUAACGUUUACACUGAGUUUUACGAAUAUCUAUACAUUAUUUUAUAGAAAAUAGAUUAAUAGAAUAUUCAAAAAAACAAUAUGUGUGUGAGCAUCGAAGUGAUUAAACUAUUUGUAGACAAAAACUCUCUUUUUAAAGCAAGUAAUCCAUGUAUAAUAAUUCUUCACUAUUAAUCGUCGCAUGAUAAUUUAUAAAUAAUUCUCGAAUGACAAUUUUUGCAUAACUAAUACCUGAAUCAAACGAUCAACAACAUCAAUAACGUACCAUACUAGUAGGAAUCCCUUGUGGUUAUAAUAUCAAAAUACAAUUUACCGAUUAUAACAAUUUAUCCUUCUUGUAUUUGACUUAAAAAAAAAUUGAUGCGCAAAGUUACUUUUUAUCUCAAUACAAUUUAACCGAUUAUAACAAAGUAUCCCUCUAAUAUUUGAAUUACGAAAAACUUGAUACGAAGAAUUGCUUCUUAUCUUAUCUUAGUUAGGAUAAAAUCUUUAAUUUUUUUUAGAGUAAGAAAAAUUAAAGGUAAUUAUUAAAAGAAGGAAAGAUUCCAAUUAAAUCCACAAAUCUUAAUGCUAAUCCCCCCACGUUGGAUUUGCCUGGAUUUAAUGUCAACACUCUAAAAACUGACCUUUUCAUUUCAUACUUCUUUUAGAAAUUCAUUAAUUUAAUUUCUUUUUUUGGUCUCCUAUAAAACUUCUAGACUUGUUGUUCUAACAUAUAAUUCGAAACUUUAGUGCAAACAAUACAUUACAAAACAAUAUCUCAACAAAUGAAGUUGGUUUGGUCUCCUGAGAAAGCAUCUAAAGCUUACCUUGAUACUGUUAAAUCUUGUGGGUUAUUGCCAGAAUCUACCGAAGCAGAGUUAAUAUCAGCCAUGGCUGCAGGAUGGAACGCACAAAUGAUCGUAGAGACAUGGUCUCGAAGCGGGGCUACAUCAACCAGCAUUGGUCUUUCUAAUGCAAUUCAACAAACAGGUGGUAGGCAUAUUUGCAUAGUCCCAAAUGAAGAUACAAAAAGAGAGUAUAAAUCAACUAUAGAGAAAAUCACCGGAAUGUCACCGGAAAUUGUUAUUGGUGAGGCGGAGGAAACAUUGAAGACGUUAACAGGGAUCGAUUUUCUGGUUGUGGAUUGUGAAAGAAAUGAUUUUUCGACGAUUUUGAAGGUAGUUACAUUAGGAAACAGGGGAGCGGUUUUGGUAUGUAAAAAUGUGAGUUCAAGAGCUGUUACAGAUUUCAGAUGGAGGAGUGUACUUGACGAAAAAUCAAGAAUCGUUCGGUCAGUUUUUUUACCCGUCGGAAAAGGAUUAGAUAUUGCUCACGUAGGGGCUGUCUCCACCGGAAAGAGUGUCUCUGGUGGGAAGAUGGAAAGGAAAUGGAUUAGAAGGUUUGAUAGAGAAUCUGGUGAAGAGUUUGUGAUUCGGAAGUGAAUUUAGGUGAACUGUCUAAACCUCGACUAAUUCUUCAAGUACCUGUUAUCUACAGAUAUCGACUAACUCUUUCACCAAGACAUGGUCAGAUUGAAAGAAAAAAAAAACAUAGUGAAAUUCUUUGGUAUUUGUUUGAUAGAUUUCUUCUCUUUUUUUGGGCAUUUUUGGGUUAUGUACAUUAGAUCAUCACAAAGUUGAAUAUUUGGUUUGCCAGUUGGGUUUAUGCUGGUGUGAUUUUGUUGUAUAUUGUUUGAUAGCAUUUGAAACAAAAAGAAAAGUAGAAGAUUGAAUUGA